AGAGAAUUCCGACACGAGACUACGCGAAACCGUGUCUAUUUCUAUGGAAUAUAGUUAUUAGAUUAGAAACUUGAUAGAGCAAUUUUGCGAUUAAGAUGUUUCUAAGAAAGAUUUUAGAAGGGAAAAGUAAGAUGAGAUAUGAAUCUUAAGUUUGAUUUUAUGUUGUGUUUAUAAGGUUAAGUUAACAAAGGAGGUUAAUUUGAAUUUAUAGGUUAAUUUAGAAAAAAAUCAACUUAUAACUUUUUUUUUCAUAAAUAUUUGUUAAAUUGUUUUCAUAUUGAAAAAUAUAUAAUGAUAUAGUUUUAAAUAUUUAUUUUCUUAAAUAAUGAUCGAUCAAACCUAUCGAUAAAAAAUAAAGUAUUUUUUAAAUACGAGAAAUAACAGGAAUAAUACCAAUUUCCGUAACCAAAUAAUUAAACUUACUGGAUUUCAUUUCCAAUGAAACGUGUCGUAUCCACGAUUUCCUACUAGUGAAAAAAGAAAAAAAAGUUCCCCAUCAAUUUUCGCGUUCUUCGUAGCCACGAAAAUCAAUUCGAAAUACGGUAAAUAGAGGACAAAGAAGUGCCAUGAGUAAUUGGCAUCGCUUGGAAGCCGAUGUGCUCGAUGAUCGGGAAAAACGAGAAAGCUGCGGCCAAGUGAAACUGUAUAAAACGUCGGUAACUCGGCGUUCUAUCAUCAGUUCUACGAAUAUUCAAACCAGAAGCGCGGUGACCAGUAAUCUCAACAAUGAAUCAAUUGACAGUAACAUUUCUUCUCUUGUGCGGUGUCUACGGUGCUUUGGGCGGACGUCGUUACAUAGCCAUUCCAAUGGAUGGGAUCGACGUGAUCGAGCUGAGUCCAGUGGCACCACCCACACCGAGGAUUGCCCGUCAAACCGAGGCUUACAUACCCAUACCAGUUCCUAAUAUUUCUCAGGAAGAGCUCAAGAGUCCUCGGCAAGAGAGGUCCAAUGUCCACAUCCUGGAUUACGUGGAUUUCGGUGGACAAACGGGAUCGAAUGGAGCCUUCAGCUGGUACGCCGAUUAUCCGGCACAUCACUAACGAUCCAAA